CGAACAGCGAGCAGCAAAAAAAUUUUUAACAUGUCUCGCAAUCUUAUGGUUCUCUUUCUUCUCGUGGCGAUUAUUUGCGUCACUGUCAUGAGUAAUCCUCCCCCAGAGCUAUGCAAGCCGCUACCGCCUCCUCCACCAAAAAAAUACAAACUGACACCAGCACCUCCUCCUCCACCACCGAAAUGUCGUAAAGAUGAGGUCUAUAAGAUAUGUGGAUCCGCUUGUCAGCCAACUUGCAAGAAUCCUAAUCCAAUAUGCAAAAAAGUGUGCGUCGAGGGCUGUUUCUGCAAAGAUGGCUUAUUGAGAAACAAAGGGCUUAAAUGCGUUAAGCCUUGUGACUGUUAAUCGUGGAAAUAACUUACUACUACAAUCAAUUGAUAUUCUUAUGUAUGUGUGCUAUUAAUACCGAAUGCUUCUUUAUAUCACUUAAAUACAUAUAAUCAUAUGGUUUAUAUAUAUAAUCAUAUGAUUACGGUAAUAAUGGUAAAUCAUGCAAAAAUAAAAAAUUGCCUCAUGGUUAUUUCCGAGAUAAUUUCGCGUUCACCCAAUUCAAUAAAUCCAAAAAGUUUCGAAACUAGGAUGGUUAGUCCGGCAAAAUCCACCCCUUACUGUAUUUAUGUAACAUUACGGCCGUCACCACCCUACGGGCAUCGAAGGGUAAAUCAGCGCAGUCGUGUGCUGACGUAUUCGCUCGCAUCACCGACGUGACCCGCACACGCUUGAGAAAUUGUCUAAAAGCUCACGUCGCACGCUCCUCAAACGAGAAAAUCCCCAAGUCCUCCUAGAAUCCCUUUGAACCUGUCGAUUCUGAACAAGGGAAGGGAGGAGGCAAGAGGGACAAACGCGUCGCGCUUCCUAUUCUCGCACCCUCGUUGUAUCUGCGUCGACGACGAUUGCCAAAGCUCUGCCUCUCCUUUUUCCAUCUCUCUGUCUGUCUCUUUCUUCUUUCACGACGAAACCCAUGAAAUCGCGUCACAUUCGUACGCAAUCAAGCAGUAGUUUCCACCCAAGGGCCCAACUCCUGCGAGACCGACUUCGUUCUCUCUCUCUGUCUCUCCUUCGACUCGCACCACCGUUACCCUCCCGGUCGUCAACUCGAAUUCAUCGUGGCGCAUUAACAGCUGUCGCGGUUGAUCGUGGAUCGUUAACGUUUCUCGCUGGCUAUCCCUGAACAGUCCGGGAGAAGAGC